AUGAAGGUCUUCGCGGUUGUCGCCCUCCUAGCGGUGUCCGCUUUAGCAGAUACUCUACCAUCAGUUACGAUAUGCCCUCCAGAAACUCAAACUAUUUUUGUUCUCCAACACAAUUCCACUGUUGGAGCUCGCAUCAGAACAAUCCCAACAUCGAAUCUUGCUGAAUGCUCCGACCACUGCGCUGCUUCUCUGGAUUGCCAGGGUGUUGAAUUCAAGGAUGGAUCAUGCGCCGUCUUCCGUGCUGGAUCUGAAAAGGCAACCAAGGGCAGUCAACUCCUUACCAAGAGCUGUGUCAAGAGUGACCGCGUCUGUCAAUCUCCAUUCCAGUUCGAUCUUUUCGAGCAGAAGAUCCUCGUUGGAUUUGCCCGCGAGGUCGUUCCAGCUGAGAACAUUCAAGUUUGUAUGGCAGCUUGUCUUAAUGCUUUUGAUACCUUUGGAUUUGAAUGUGAAUCUGCCAUGUUCUAUCCAGUUGAUCAAGAGUGCAUCUUGAACACUGAAGAUCGUCUUGACCGCCCAUCUCUCUUCGUUGACGAGGCUGAUGAUACCGUUAUCUACAUGGAUAACAACUGCGCUGGAUCCCAAUGCUAUCCACCAUACAUUACCCAAUACAUCGCUGUCGAAGGAAAGCAAUUGAAAAAUGAGCUCGACCGUAUCAUCAACGUCGAUCUUGAUUCCUGCCAAGCUCUCUGCACUCAACGACUCUCCAUCUCAUCCAAUGAUUUCAACUGCAAAUCGUUCAUGUACAACAACAAGACCCGCACGUGUAUUCUUGCCGAUGAGAGAUCGAAGCCACUUGGACGUGCCGAUCUUGUUGCAACCGAAGGAUUCACUUACUUCGAGAAGAAGUGCUUCGCUUCUCCAAACACUUGCCGCAACGUACCAAGCUUCAAGCGUGUUCCGCAAAUGAUUCUCGUCGGAUUCGCUGCUUUCGUAAUGGAGAAUGUUCCUUCCGUGACCAUGUGCCUUGACCAAUGCACCAACCCACCACCAGAGACUGGAGAAGGAUUCGUCUGCAAAUCGGUCAUGUAUUACUACAACGAACAAGAAUGCAUCUUGAACUCUGAGACCAGAGAAAGCAAGCCAGAACUCUUCAUCCCAGAAGGAGAAGAGUUCCUUGUUGACUAUUUCGAUAUCACCUGCCACCUCAAACAAGAAAAGUGCCCAGCUGGACAACAUCUCAAGGCCAUCCGCACUAUCAAUGCUGCUCUUCCAGAAGGAGAAUCUGAGCUUCAUGUUCUCAAAUCCUCAGCUGCCAAGGGAAUCAAGGAAUGCGUUGCCAAGUGCUUCGGACUCGCUCCAGAGAAGUGCCGCUCGUUCAACUACGAUAAGAAGACCAAGUCUUGCGAUCUUCUCUAUCUCGACGGACACAACACUCUUCAACCACAAGUCCGUCAAGGAGUUGAUCUCUAUGAUCUUCACUGUCUUGCUGCUCUGCCUCUAGUGGAAAACGACUGCUCUGCUAACAAGGAUGAUGCUCUCUUCUCCCGCUAUCUUCACACCAAGCAACGCGGAAUCCCGGCCAAGAGCUACAAGGUCGUCUCUCUCAACUCUUGCCUCGAAGUUUGCGCUGGAAACCCGACAUGCGCUGGAGCCAACUACAAUCGUCGUCUCGGAGAUUGCUCUUUGUUCGAUGCUAUCGAUGAAGAUGCUGAGGUCAAUGAGCACACUGACUUCUACAAGAAUCUCUGCGUGACCAAGGAAGUCGACACUGGAGCUUCUGCUGCUGCCAACGUCCCAGAAACCAAACACCGUGUUUCCGGAACUGUCGUUGAAGGAAAGGACUCUAAGGCUCAACUUCUCGCUACCAAGAAGGUCAAGAAGCCAACCAUCAAGAAUACUGAACACCGCCGUGCUCCAGAAUCCACUGUUCCACUUGGUCCACCAGUUGAGGUUAAGGCCGAGGCUAUCCAAACUAUCUGCAACUACGAGGGAAUCAAGGUCCAAAUUAACAAUGGAGAGCCAUUCAGCGGAGUCAUUUUCGUCAAGAACAAGUUUGAUACCUGCCGUGUUGAGGUUGCCAACUCCAACGCUGCCACUCUUGUCCUCGGACUUCCAAAAGACUUUGGAAUGCGUCCAAUUUCUCUUGAUAACCUUGAUGAUAACGAGACUGGAAAGAACAAGACCAAGAAGGGAGAAGAAACUCCACUAAAGGAGGAAAUCGAGGAGUUCCGUCAAAAGAGACAAGCUGCUGAAUUCCGUGACUGUGGACUUGUUGAUCUUCUCAAUGGAACCUACAAAUCGACUGUUGUCAUCCAAACUAACAACCUUGGAAUCCCAGGACUUGUCACCUCUAUGGAUCAACUCUAUGAGGUUUCCUGCGACUAUUCCAGCAUGCUCGGAGGACGUGUUCAAGCCGGAUACAACAUGACUGUCACUGGACCAGAAGCCAAUCUCAUUCAACCACGUGGAAAGAUCGAGCUCGGAAAUCCAGUUCUCAUGCAAUUGUUGAAUGGCGAUGGAACCGAACAACCGCUUGUGCAAGCUAAACUCGGAGACAUUCUUGAGCUUCGUUGGGAGAUCAUGGCUAUGGAUGACGAGCUUGACUUCUUCGUCAAGAACUGCCACGCCGAACCAGGACUUGCCGGAGGAAAGGCAGGAGCCGGAGAGAAACUCCAACUCAUUGACGGAGGAUGCCCAACCCCAGCUGUUGCUCAGAAGCUCAUCCCAGGAGCUAUCGAGGUCAAGUCGUCUGCUGUCAAGACUACCAAGAUGCAAGCAUUCCGUUUCGAUUCAACCGCUUCUAUCAGAGUAACCUGCGAGGUUGAGAUCUGCAAAGGAGACUGCGAAGCUGUCGAGUGCGCUCUGACUGGAGGAGUUAAGAAAUCAUUUGGAAGAAAGAAGAGAGAAGUCAACAACAAUAUUGAAGAAUUCGAGACCAACAGAUACUUGAUCCCAAGAAGAUCGCAUGCCACAACAUCCAUUGUCAUCAUUGACCCACUUCAGCAGGUCAAUGAGCCAGUUGCCAUGUCCCGUGCCUCAACUCUUGACCUUCUUCGCGAAGAAGCUCAUGAGGUGCAAGUCAUCGAAGAGGGAUCAAUCUGCUUGAACCGAAUCACAGUUUUCGCUAUUUUCGGAACAUUGGCUGUUCUCAUCUUGGGACAAGUCAUCGUCGUCGCUCACUACGCAGUUCGCCGGUUUUCUACAGAAAAGACUGCAUAA